AUUGGAGCCGACCGACGGUUGUCAUGCCAACAGGGCACGCAGUGAUCGACCCUACGCCCCAAGGGUUGCUCAAAAUAUCGCUGCUACACUACCCAGGCAGAUAUACCCUUUAGUUCGAACGACGAGUGACUCAUACUCGCUGUCCACUGUCAACAAGGCCUUCACUAAUGACGUAAUUCUAAGCCGUGUUUUUCUCCUAACGUCUCUGUAAGAUCGCAGUUGGUUAUUUGCUACUAUAGAAAGGCAGACAUUUUGUGGGCAUCUUUGGCCCAUGCGUUCGUUCCAUAUGGUAAGGUAGGAUGCUUAAGAUUUCUGCAAGACGCUUCUAGAAACACUCCCACUUUCUGGUAGACAAGGAACUGAACAUGCCUCCUCCAGGGCCUGCAGAUCAAAUUCAUGUUAAGGUGACGACACCUGCUUUGAUCGGGAUAUGCCUGGGCAGCACUUUUUUCUUGAUAUCCCUGGCUGCAGUCACUUGCUUCUGCUAUCGCCGCCGAUCAUCGGGAAGCGCCUCUCAGAAGCUGACUUCAGUGCUGAAGAAGAGCCACCACCCAGACAAACCCCUGGUUCUCCGUAAACCGACGGCGGUCAAGAGCCCCAGCAGCGGCUCAGUCGGCGGUCCGGUUCUGAUAAAAAAGAGCCCCAGCCCGACUCAGUCGAAGAUAUCCCCACCAGGAGGGAGCACCAGAACUUCUCCGACAGGCAACGGGCACAGAUCACCUUCGAGCAAAGAUGAGAAAUGUGCGGCCGGCCUGUCCUCGAAUCAUUCCUCCAGGCAGAACUCGCCGAAUGUCGAAGACAAGAAUUACAUAGAGAAUGAGAACGAGAAGCUCAAAAACAGCAACAGGAAGGAAGACGUGGAGGACAACAAAGAAAAAGAAGUUCUGGUCGAAAAACAAUGCAAAUUAGGACAGCUGCAUUUUAGAUUGAAGUACAAUCCUGAAAAGCUAUCUUUGCAAGUGAGUAUAGUGCGUUGCACCGACUUGCCGCCAAAGGAUUCCAACAAUGGAUCAUCAGAUCCCUAUGUCAAGCUUCAACUGCUUCCCGAGAAACAACACAAAGUGAAAACUAGAGUCUUGCGCAAGACUGUAGAUCCUGUAUACGACGAGGACUUCACAUUUUACGGCAUUAAUCCAAACCAGUUACAUGCGACGACACUCCAUUUUGUAGUGCUCAGCUUCGACAGAUACUCUAGGGAUGACGUGAUUGGUGAAGUAAUAUGUCCUCUGUCAGGAGUAGACUUUAAGGAAUUGGAAAAGCAGUUAGAAAUGACUAAAGAAAUCACGCCGAGGAAUCUGAAGAUCCGUUACCAAGGACGAGGCGAGCUUCUGGUGUCACUUUGCUAUCAGCCGGCUGCAAAUAGACUCACAGUUGUAGUUCUAAAAGCUCGCAAUCUGCCCAAAAUGGAUUUCGCUGGCCUUUGUGACCCUUACGUGAAGAUAUACCUACUCUACAAUAACCAGCGGAUUGCGAAAAAGAAGACCCACGUAAAAAAGCGCACCACAAACCCGGUCUUUAACGAGUCUUUCGUGUUUGAAGUCCCUUACAAUGAGGGCCUCGAGAACAUCAGCCUCGAAUUCCUGGUCCUCGACUGGGACCGCGUCACGAAGAACGAAGUCAUCGGAAGGCUGGAACUGGGCCCCAAGAGUGGAGGGCCCGCACAACAGCACUGGAACGAGGUCUGCAACGCACCCCGUCGCCAGAUAGCCGAAUGGCACAAGCUGAAGGAGUGAUACUGUUUCGAGAUUCAAACAUAAACUGUAUAUAUGUAUAUGUGUUUAGUAUGAAUUCUGUGCCAUGAGCAAAAAGGAUAUUCUCCUCUCUGGAAGCGUUUAAUGACACCUUUCUAGAUCAUACAUCCACUGUCUAUGAACUGCUUUUGUAAUGCGAUUAAAAAAAAAAGAGUAUUCUUUGCGUUCGAUUCACGGAGAAUACUCUCGAUACGAAUACGAUUUUCCUGGAAGUAUGCUAUUGCUUUUUGAAGGGCAGUGUUGUAACUAAUUUAAAAAUGAGACAGUGGAAAUAAUACGAGAUGAAAUGUUUUUUUAUAUUGCUAUUAUUGGUUCUCGAUAUAUUUUUGAAAUCCAUGUUGGUGAUGAUAUAUUUUAAUAUGCAAUUUGUACAUUUUCUUAUGCGUUGAAUGUGACUGUACAUGUGUGUAUAAACUUAAUAUUUCUUUAAGGAAUAUAAUUUUUUGCUUUCCUGUUUUAGAUGAUGUGUCAUUAAACGCUCAGGAGUCAAUCAGUCAAAAAUUAAACUAGAGAUAAAACGGCUUUGAAUUUCAAAAUAUUUAUUGACACGUUUCUCAAAUUGGAUGAUUCAGCCGAAAAUCGCAAAUAACUAAUAAAAAAAGGAUAUGUGGAAUGAUUUUGCUCAUGGUGCACUAACACGAGUUAAUGGACAGGAUUAGUAUCUCCCGAAAUGUUAUGUCUGUCUGUCAUUAUUCCUUGGUGGCCUCUCCAUGAAACAUAUGCUUACCAAUAUAUUUUUGUUCCAUUUCCACAAAUAUCAUGUUUCCUUCCCUUGAAAUGUCAUUUUUAGAGCAUUCACCUACUGUUAUCUAAUCCAGUGCUUUGUGAAAUGCAUUCUAAUCCGUUUCAAUUUGGAACGAAACGGAUUUCAUCUUUGAAAAAAAAUUACGAGGAAAACAAUUCAGAACAAUUCUAGAAUUAAAUAGGCUUGUGCCGUCGAUGUUUCUCAAUUUAACCUGAUGCAAUGAUCCAAUUGCUUAUUUCGUUUGCUUUGAAAUUUCUGUACAUGCACUUAUCUGAAAUAUUGAAACUUUUUCAGCAUAUAUACAAUUGUUAAGCUUUAAGGUUGAGUAUUAAUUACACCGGGGUAAAUAUUCUGUAUAACACAAAUAAUAAUGGAAAUAAACUGAUAAAUUAAAUGAGCAAUAAUUCUGCAAUUUCAGUUGGGAUAAUGUUCAGACUUUUUUAAGAAGUGAUAGAUUUUCAUUCGAAGCAGUGCAAAGCAAGAUUUUGUAAAUUAAUAACAAUUUAACGUUAGAAAAUAAUAGAAAAAGGUGAUAAAUUGAAGUUUAUACUGAGUGUGGUUAUAUAUUUUUCUUCAGAGAAUUAUUAUGAGAGUUUUUAUUAUCAAUAAAUUAGAAAAACCAACAUAACGAUUGUAUUAAUAUUAUGACUAAAGAUAGAAGUUGGUUUUUAGUAGCUCAAAAAAUUGUUUUCCAAUAACAGAAAGAAAAUACACAGGUACAACAUUUUCUUAUAAAAUGGUAUUUUGAAAUAAUACAAUAGGGAGAAAAAGUAAAAAUAUGCAUUUAUGUGCGUAGCAGUGUGUUGUUCAUUAUAGGAGUUUUUUGAUAUUUUUCUGAUACUUUGGAUCCCCUUCAGACACCUUAGCUACGUUUCUGAUCCAUGUAAUAACAUAAUAAAAAAAAAGGAGUUGCUUGGGGGAAGGCAUCAAUAUGUUGAUGGGGCUGGUUUUUGAUAAUUAGUUUUAAAAGAAUGAAUCGAACAAUAUAAAACUUUUUCGUUCUGUGUAUAGAAAACCGAAACUUUAUGCUCAUACACUCAUAAGUAAAUUAUUUUAAAAAUGAAAGUUCACCACAUUUCGGACAGAAGAAAUUUGUAGGAAGGUUUUCAGGAUCGGGAAUGUAUACUUGUUGCUAACAGGUUUAGAUUUAUUGAAAAUGUUUUCAAAUCAUCGGUUCGCAACUGCUGUUUUCUGAACUAUAUUAUUAUGUUAUCGGUGUUUAUCUUGAAACUUGUAUAGAGGAUGUAAAAAAUAAGAAUGUUUUGUUGAACGAUGCUGUUUCAUGCAGUACAGGUAAGGUAUCAAUGUUGCAGUUGGGAUUCUUAAAAUGUGCAUUGAUAUUUAACAAUGGUGAAUAAAGAAAUUUGUGAUGA